AUGUGGUCCUACCCGCGGUUUAUCCACCGAUCGAUCGGCUGGAGCACGUUUCCCGUCGCUGUCGCUCUUAUCGUGUCGGCUUUGGUGCAGUCUGUCAAUGCCACCGAAUACCGCAUAGACCUAAGAACCUCCGGAUCAGUGGUGCUGGGGCUGAACACGACGGUGGAGUUCUAUGCCGUGCUGUAUUCGGAUGGGGCUCUGGUGAAUGAUGACUACAUCAUCGACUGGUCAGACAAUACUAACCCCCAGCAUAGUUUAGAAGGUCUUACCUCCAACACCCCCCGGUUCAAUUGGACGGUCAUGUACUCGUAUCCGGUAAAGCCUGGAAGCUACCAGGCAAAAAUCUCAGUGAAGAAAACAAUCAUCUACAUACCAUACACGCUGCAGACAGCAACUGUGAACUUCAAUCUUACUAGUAUGCUCAACGGGCAGAUGCGCUUGCAGCAAAAUGAUACCGAAAUUGACCAGUCCUACAUAUCGAGCGCCGUUCCGCUCAAUCAAACGAUCGUCCUUUCCAUGAGCGACCAGCGUGUGCUGGAAAAAGCGGUAUACGUGAACACGUUUUGGUUCGUCAAUUGCCAGUACAUAGGCACUUCGGGCGAGCUAUCCACGUUAAGCAACUUCACCAAGGAAAACGAUACCUACACGAUCGAAGCCCUUGUGGUGGCUUCCUUUGAAAAGUUGCCCGAGCCCACAACGACGACUACGACAACCACGACCACAACGACAACUACCACAACGACUACGACGACUCCAGCCACAACAACAACAACAACAACGAGCACAACGACUACUCCGGCGCCGCCUCCCACUACUUCGUCGUCGUCCACCACAUCAACAACUACGCCAAAAUCAUCAACUUCGGAGAUCACCUCCACGAAGGUACCGACUGUAAGUGGCCUCCCGGAACCGACUCAAUCGAGUAGCACGAGAAACAAGCGAGCCAUGGAAGCUGGUGAUACGCAGGACAUAUUACGGGGCAUCAAUCCAGCGCUACUGAAGUUGACCGAUCGAAAAAAUAUUUUGCUUCCAGGACAGUCGGGAGAGUCUAUGUCUAUGGGCAGCGUUCCGGAGGAUGAGUCGCUAAUUCGUGUUGUAAAGAAAUCUGACCGAAAGAUUAAUCUGGCUGAUGCUCUGCAGCCGUUUGUCUGCGGCAAUAGCUCUAUGGUUGCACCGGACCCGAAGAAGGUUUAUGGCCACUUCCAGCGAACGGUUACUGUGCAGAAUCCGAUCUCACGGUUCAACGUGUCCGGCCAGCAGUGGGUGAAGCAAGGGCAACCAGUAGACCUCGUGUUCCAGUGUAGCGGAACUCCACCGUUUGAAUUUUGCUACAAUUUAAACCACGGUCAGCACAAUAUGACGAAUAACGAAACGUGCAGUAGUGAAUGGGAACCGGCCACAAAUGGCGUCUGUCGAUACAAAAUCCACCGUUUUUUCUUUACUAAUGACCAGUAUUCUGUUGUAAUCUUCGUUCGAAACCGGGUGUCGAAUUACUUCACCCAGAUCGGUAUCCAGUUUUACGAAAAUCAACAAAAGUCACAGCUGUCCGUGAUUAUUGUGCCGAUCGGGUUCUGUCUGCUGGCCGUGCUAAUGGUAGUAUUCGGGAUGGCGUACUACAUUCAAAACCGGGAUCGCUUUAUCGUUGAAGUAGCAGACUUUAACUUCGGCGAUACAAGCUCGUUGGACGACGAUAUGGAAUACAAGACGUUCCACCAGCGGCUUAUGGAUAGUUUACGGGAAUCGGUUCGUGUACCGCGAUUCAACUUCCGGCGUUCUAGCGCCCACGAUGUCGAUGAUGUUUCGUCGUCUUCCGGUGCGGCGGGCGAUGCGUCCCUUCGUUACGGUUCCAUGACCUAA